GACGCUGUUUCGAUCGUGGAAAACACGUGGGGCACGGCGUCCUCGGAAUUAUCGCAAUUUUUUCAUUUUUUUUUCGGCUUUUCGGAAUUAAGGCUGGAAUGAUUGGGAGUCACUCCUGUCCUCGAUCUCUGACACCUCUUAUCUAACCUCGGAAAUUAGUGAUAAUGUGUUAAGUGCAACAAAAGGAGUUUCACUCGGGGAGACACGGGUUAACGAUCCACAAAUUUUUAAAGCGACGCCAAUCGACUUAUUCUUUUGUGAGGGUUGUGAAUUUUUUGAAGAAUUCGAAAAAUUCGGUUGUGUCAUUGUGUUAUUCUCGAGUGUACGGUGGAGAUUUGGAGGAUGUAAAGAGGGUUGGGAAUCCCUGGAAAAAUAGUGGCUGACAAUGGAAGACGCAACCUUACACUGAAUUUCGUCAGAAUAGAACUAAUCAAUGAUUCGCCGAGGGGUUGUUGACAUUUGGCGGUUUUUAUUGGUGUUGUUGGAAUUCUGUAAUAACAGUGGAUGCUCUCUGGUAUUCAUUCGAUUGCCAAAUUCAGAGCAUGUCGACUUGUAAACAACUGCGUUGUGUGACGUAAUCCAUUGAAGCGCAUACUACGCAAUAAACCGAGGAAGAGGGUCGAAACACCGAUGUUUACUCUCUCCCUCAUUCCCAUUCCCCCAAAAUCCUGAAAACAUCGUAAAUGCUACGACCAUUAAAAAAAUCCUAUCAUUAAAAUCUUCUUUUAACCGCCGGCAUCAGCUCAUCAACGUCCAGGCAUUUUUUGUCCACAACAAAACCAAUUUUAAAAACAUUCCUCUCGCCUCUCUGACCUCUCGUUAUCCACUGCGUAAUUAAAUCCCCCGAAUUUUUUCCCCCAAUGAAAAUACACAGUCUCACCCCAUGCUCUCAUCCCUCUUUUUUUCACCCUCAGAUUCCAAUUGCGUUCUAUUUUCUGCGUAGAUUGCUCCAUAACGUAAACAACACGAUUUCACACGGUUUUACUGGUUGGAUAUUGCGACGUAUAUUUGGAAUCGAAUCGGAAAAAUGCUGGAAAUUUAUAAUUUCAAUACAAUAUAUAAUUUUUAUUAUUUUCUGAUUUUCAUGAGUUUCCCGAUUAUGCUGCAACAGAUCCGGGGAAUAUUCAAAAAUUCAACUAAUUUAAUUCUUCACACAACAUAAAGUCUGCAUUAAAAAAUCGGUGAAGCCAGGUAACACGAGUAUUUGUGUACGUAUACCAGCACCGGGUGGAGUGGGUGUGAAUCGACCGGGAGUAGAAUUUCAGAGGACGCUCCAACGCGUCUGAGACUCAACCUCAAGAAGGCUUGAGCUGCUCUGAAGACUCACUCACAGCCAUUACCAUGAAGUCCAAGAAAUUUUUCAUAUUCAACAAGAAGCUACGAUAAUCGAGUCCUCUGACUCUCCAUUUUCCUCAAAACCUGGCAAUAAGAAAGGAAAAGAAAAAAAAAUUAAGUGAGAUUGAGAAAAAAAAAUGGUCAAAGUGAGGGAAAAAUAAAGAAACUCGUUGUGUUAUCAGUCUCGACAGUGGUAUUUACGAUUGGUAAUUUCAGUUGUGGAGUGAAUUGUGAUGCCUAUUUCAUCGUAUUCAAAUGAAAAACUUUUGUACGAGUUAGUGUGGAAGACGAAGCGUGAAUUCAUCGAUUCACGGACGUUUUUGAAUGCACUCGAGUGUGGAAUUAAAUAGGCAAUUGAGGGGAUGUGAAUUUAAAAGAAAAAAAGUGAUGGGAAAAAGGAUAGGAACUGUGGAGAAGUAAUAAUUGAUGCGACGUGAAUGAUUGCCAUCGUUGCAGGCACAUUGCGAUUGGAUUUAAGUGGUGGACAGAGAGGAGUUUAAAUACUGAGGAGUAAAAUAAAGAAAAUAAAUAUAAGAGUUGGUGGUAGGGACUGGUUGGACGCGUCACCGGCCCAAUAAUCUUGGAACGUUAGUGCUGGCGUUGGGAAUAAAUCAGUGAAAAUAGUGUCCAUGAAGCGAGAAGAUGAGGACGCGGAAGCUGACGGUGGUCAUUGGUGUUGGGAUGUUUUUCAUUGUUUUUAUGGGCAUUUUAACACCUGCCCGGGGACAGGGGGCAAGAAUUUUUGAUAAGAAGUUUGGCAAGGGGAGGAAUAAGACGGAUAAGGGAAAAUUUCAGACUUUUAUCACUGAGGAUAGGGAUCUCAUGAGGAAUAAUCGGGCUAUCAAUCACACCAGCCCUAAGGAUGGAAAUCUUUUGAAUCCGAAGGAUCACCAAACCACGAUGAUGUCCCAAAACAUGACCUCCAUUCACCAUGAAAAGGAGCGACCCUUGAAGAACAUCACCAUUGGAGAUGGAAUUUGUCAUAGCAUUGACAUACGCAAUUAUAUUGGACAUUUAGAGAUGCUGAGACCGUGUCGUGUUAUCGAGGGAUUUUUGCAAAUUGUUCUCAUGGAGCAAGUGGAGCUGAGUGAGCCGAUUAAACCGUUUGAACUAUUGCGCGAAAUAACAGGGUACUUGUUGCUCUAUCGUGUGGGCAGUAUCAAGAACAUUGGCCACCUCUUUCCCAAUCUGGCUAUUAUUCGAGGUGAUAAAUUGCUCGCUGAUUAUUCCCUCAUGGUGUACGAAAUGUCAAAUGUCCAGGAGCUUGGAUUAACGAAGCUGACGAAAAUAACUAGAGGUGCUGUCAGAUUGGAAAAAAAUCCUUCCCUCUGCUUUGCAGACACCAUCGACUGGUCGAGAAUUGUAGUAGCUGGCACAAAUUUCAUAAAGAAUAAUGCGAAUAAAGCCUCGUGUCCAAGCUGCUCUGGAUGCCCGGAUGGUCAUUGCUGGUCGACGAGCGUCUGCCAGAGUACGGAGAAACCAAGGUGCCAUCCUCAGUGCCUUGCUGGCUGCACUGGGCCAACUGAAUAUGACUGCUACGUCUGUAAAAAUUUUACCCUCAAUGGAAAAUGUAUUGCUGAGUGCCCCAAACACUUAUACUCACACGUCUCUCGAAGAUGCAUAACGAAGGAAGAAUGCCUUCAAAUCCACGAGCCCCAGCUGACUGGUGAGGACGACGUUAAAAGACGUCCAUUCAAAGGGGCAUGUAUUACGGAUUGCCCUCAAGGGUACGAAACUGCAACUGAAAAUAACGAAGCAACUUGUCGUCCCUGUAAAGGCUCCUGUCAAAAAAUUCGCCCAGGUGAGAUAAUCCGCCACAUAUCAGAUGCGCAAAGGUUGAAGGGAUCGACAAUGAUCAAGGGCUCCCUCGAGUUCCAAAUACGCAACAGUCAUCCCCUGGUGAUGCAAGAGCUGGAAGAUGCAUUUGGCGACGUGGAGGAAAUAACAGGUUCACUGAAGGUGAUUCACUCAUUUCCAAUUACCUCCCUGAGUUUUUUCAAGAAGUUACGAAUAAUCAGGGGUGAAAAAUUGGAUCUCAACAACUCGAGUCUCGUAAUUCUGGACAAUCCGAAUUUAUCGAGCAUUUUUCCACCGACCCAGAACGUGCAAAUACUCAACGGACGUCUUUUUUUCCACUACAAUCCUAAACUCUGCUAUUCCAAUAUAACGAGUUUUGCCAAGAGAGUGGGUAUAACUGACAUAACUGAAAUGGAAGUCCAGCCCGAUUCCAACGGUGACAAAGUCGCCUGCGAUACGACCAACAUUCAUCUGACAGUAAAAUCAAGAGGCCCAACAUCAGCUGCCCUAGAGUGGACAGUCUACACCCCAACCAAGGACCAGGUGUUGCUGAGCUACCUUCUGAAUUACAUAGAAGCAAACAAUGAGACCCAGAACAUCACUUACGAGAACAACGCAUGCGGUCACAACAAAUGGCACAUAAUGGACGUUGAGAUUCCAAACAGCCCCCCAGGUGGUCUUGUUACGCAACAAAUAAUUGAUCUCAAGCCUUACACACGUUACGCCGUUUACGUUAAAACCCUGUCAGCAAGAAGUAGGAACAACGCAAAUGGUUUGACCGGUCAGUCGCCAAUUCUCUUCUUCAGGACUGAGGCAGACGUGCCCUCACCCCCGACAGCGGUCUCCAGCACUCCAGAGAGCGAGAGUACUUUGAACAUUACCUGGGAAGCCCCAGAGCAACCAAAUGGUCCCAUCGGUUACUACAUAAUCGCUGGUUUCCUUCGCUUUCACGAUAUCGAGCAGCUGUCAACUCGAAAUUACUGCACACGCGGUCUGGAGCCUGGCCAGGGCUUCGAGACCAUUCACGAGGUGAAGAUAAAGCCACCACCGAUGCAGACAGAUUGCUGCACCAACGAGCUGCCACUCAAGGAGGAGAGCUUUCAGAUUUACUGUGCAGCCAAUACAACAAUUAGUUGGAUACCCCAGGAGCGAAAGAAUUACUGCACUUUCCACAGAUACGACAAUGGGGAAUCGUAUUUUUUGAGUUUGACUGGCCGCUCGUCAUCCUCGACUUUAUCACAGAGGGACAGAAAUAUUAUUGAGGCUGGCAGGGAUCUCUUGGAUGACAGGCGAACGAGAAUCUACAACAACACGUACUAUUCGUUCGUAUUUAACGUUACUGCAGACAGCAAUUCGUAUUUGAUUAAGGACCUCCGGCAUUUCUCAUCGUACACGAUAUCUUUGGCAGCUUGUGGUGUUACACUCUCGAAUGGGAGUCACCUGUGCUCCACAGUGGAGUACACCAAUGCAACAACUCUGAAACGAGAGCACGCUGACGAUGUGGAGAACGUCAGGGUCCAAGUGGUGAAUAACUCGAUUGUAAUCAUCUCCUGGAAUCCACCGAGAUCACCCAAUGGCUUGACUGUCGCCUACUACGUGGAUUAUGGUAAUCUCGACGUCAAGGAUGCCACCAGAAUAUCGAAUUGCAUUCCAGCUCAUUUGUUUCGAGGGGAGGAGAUCGUGGGGAAUCUCAGUCCUGGGAGGUACAGGGCGAGGGUCAGGACGAGAUCGUUGAGUGGUGAUGGGGCUUGGUCCAGGGAAGUGGACUUUGAAAUUGGCCUCGAGGUGGACAAUACCACGACCAUUGUUCUCGUGAUUAUUAUUGGGGGCUUUCUAGUGAUUCUUGUAGUUGGGAUUUUAUUGUGGAGGAGCAGUCAGAGGAGAAAACAACAGGAGAGACUCAUUGCCAGUGUUAAUCCUGAUUAUAUCGAGUCGAAGUACGUCAGGGACAGCUGGGAGGUGCCCCGGGAGAAUUUGGAGCUUCUCGAGGAGCUGGGGCUUGGAAAUUUUGGAAUGGUUUACAGGGGAACUCUCAAUGGUAUCACCCCAGUGGCUAUCAAGACUAUUCCUGAUAAUUGCACGGAUAAGGAUAAAAAUGAAUUCUUGAAUGAAGCGUCUGUUAUGAAGAAUUUUUCAACUUAUCAUAUUAUAAAACUGCUGGGAGUUGUGAGUGAUGGGGUACCACCUUAUGUUAUUAUGGAGCUAAUGGAGAAUGGGGACCUCAAAACUUACCUUAGAAGAAUCAGAGACACAGCAUUUGUGCCUGAUACAUCGAGGAUUAUCAGGAUGGCGAGUGAGAUUGCUGAUGGCAUGGCUUAUCUCGAGUCUAAAAAAUUUAUUCAUCGGGAUCUAGCUGCCAGGAACUGCAUGGUCUCUAAGGAUCUUGUGUGUAAGAUUGGAGACUUCGGGAUGGCUAGGGACAUUUAUGAGACUGAUUACUAUAAGAUUGGACAGAAGGGGUUGUUACCCAUCAGGUGGAUGGCACCUGAAAACCUCUCGGAUGGUGUUUUCACGUCUGACUCUGACGUUUGGUCCUUUGGAAUUGUUCUGUGGGAGAUUCUCACACUUGGAGAGCUACCAUAUCAGGGCUUCUCCAAUGAUGAGGUUCUUCACCAUGUUCUCAGGAAGGGAACUGUUAAUAUACCCAGGAAUGUUCCAGAGAUUGUUCUGAAACUCAUGGAGAAGUGUCUGAAGUGGAGGCCCAUUGAGAGACCAACAUUCAUGGAAAUUGUUGCUGAGCUCGAGCCUUUUGUGGGACAGGAUUUCUGUGAGAAGAGUUUUUAUCAUUCCGAGGAGGGGAUCGAGGUCAGAAGUGCUGGACUCAAGAAGGCUUAUCAUCAUCCAGCUCAGAUCAGAUUUCACUGGGGCAAUGAGACUGCCAGGUGGGUCAGGGAAUUCGAGGACAAUGUUACCCUGCUUGAUCAGACUAAGGCAGGCACCAGCAGAGGGAGAAUUUUUAAAAAUGGUUUCCAACAUUUUGGAAAUUUACCCAUCAUGGAAGAUGUACCUCUGGAUCGGUGAUGAGGGGAGAGAAUCAAAGUCCUGAUGUUCGUUGUUUCCCUGCAGAAUUUGGUAUUCAAAGCUCGAGUGAGUAAGACACUGUACAAAAUAAUUAUUCUCAGGGCUAUUUGUCACUCCGUGAGAAUCGAAUGCGUUGCAUAAAAUAUUGGAAAUGCUCACAUUUUUAUCGAAUCGUCAGACGUUUGAAAAAAAAAUCGAGUAAUUGCCUUUGACAGUCCUAGAGGCAAAUAUGCAACGUUCAAGUAUACGAGAGUGCGUGAGUCUGCUAAAGCUGAACCAUCCAACGAUUAAUUUAAGUAGAUUUAUACAAUUAUUUUUUCUUUUGUCUCGUGUUAAUUUUUAUCUCUACGUUUUCUCGUGACAGAAUGAAGUUUUUCGUGAAUCUUUAAACUGUAAACUCGUCAUUCCUCAAACAGGGCCAAUUUUUAUUUAUUCGGAUUUUCACAGGUAGUGGGAGAUAGGGUUCAGGUUUAUUCGGGGGUAAAUUUGCUUUUUGCACCAAAGUUAUACUUUUUUUUUCCCCGCGUGUAAAUAAUUAUUGAGUCUGAAGGGAAGUCAUGGAGCGAUUCAUUGAAUCUCUACAUUUUUUCGACUGGAGUUAUCUCGGUGGGAAGGAUUUUCUACAGCAUGACAUUCUUCCUCGAAACGUCAAUUUGCCUUCUGAUAAUUUUGUAUUCAAUCCACCAAAAUAUUCAAAUCUUACGUUUUAAUCACUUCACCGCGGAUAACUCACUCUCAGAGUGAUUAAGAGAAUUGCGAUGUGUAUUUAAAAUCUCGGGUUAGAACGAAAAAAAAAAAUCACUCCUCAAAUUAUGAGAAAUAUAUUUGCAAGAGCCAGAAAUUUUUGAAUAUUAUUGUCAUCUCUCUUUAAUCAAAUGCUGCAUUAUUUAAUUGGUCUCAAAGGUAGUCUCGAUGCAAUAAAUAGGAUUACGGUACCGUCACAUGUGUUCUCACAAUUGUUUAUCUUUUCAUUAUUAGUUCUGUUGAUGUUGGGAUGAAUACAAUCAUUCGUAUUUUUUUUUAUUUUCCUCUCGGUUGCUCCACUCUCUACAAUCUGAUCAUCUCGGAAGUGUAAAUAGUUGCGUAAUAAUUAUCUGCCGAUGCCUGGUACACCAGAUAUUUUCGGUUAAUUCGAUCGUUCGUUGGUGAAAAUAAUAGUUUGUAUAAACGAUGAUGAACUUUUAUAGAUUUUAUAUUUAUAUCUUGAAGAUGAAUAUUGAAUGAUCAAAUUGACAAAUAUUUCGUCACUCGACUGCUGUUGUAAAAUGUGCAAAAACUGUUUAUUAGUAUUUACUGUUUUAUUAUUAGGUGAAAUUUCUUUUUGUGUUUUACAUGAGUGACAGGAGGAUCACAAGUUAAUUGCAUUCAAAACAUUAGAACCAAACUGGGGUAAUCUCAAAAGAAACAGUUUAAUGUUGAUAAAGCGAUUCGCAAAGAUUGUAACAUACCGGAUGUUUAAAAAUCGCGUAAAUAAUCGGUUUUUAUACAUAGUAUAUAUCACCAUUAUGUAAAAACGAUACGGUACGUUUUAAUCGUAGUCAAUUUACUUUAAGUUACGUUCGGUAAGAACCACAAUGGCCACUCGGUGCCUUAAGGCAGGGAUUGUCAUUAUAUUUCGUUAAUUAAAAAUAACUGGAAGAAAAAACUAAUCCUAAACGACUGGAGUGUUGAAACCGGCGUUCAAUCAUUUCAAUUUGCGAAUUAAUGUUGCAAUUACGUCGAAUCGCAUGGAUGGAAAAGCAGUGAUGAGUAAUAAUUCAACAAAUAUUAUUGGACUGUUUUUAAUGAUUAAAACAAGAAUUUAUUGUUCUUGUCAUCUUGACAGCCUGCCGUCACAUAUCAUUCACUUUCACUGGGGAAGUCGUAAAUAAUCGGAGCAAUUAAAUAAACGAGGAAAUUUAAUCAGCAGAUGUAUAAAUUCCGGGGAUAAGUGGUAAAGCAAUCAGUCGAAUUUUGCAGUUCUGUUGCACAUCGAUUAUUUCCCAAAAUAUGAAUUUCGGGAGGAAAUGACAAAAGACCUUUAUUAUUGAAAACUUGAUUAGCCGCAAUAAAGCUCUCUUACCAUUCCCUUCUAAAUUCACUGGUUUUCGAGAUAACACGAUAAUUAAUGGAUAUGUUGAAUUCAACUUUUGACACUUCACCACUUAGCUACUGAAAUCCAGAGUGAAUUGAGCGCACAUGAUUUGUAAAAUUGUCGCGUGUAAAUACACACCUCUCUCUAUCGAACAAAUAGAUAGAUCUCGAUUAAGAAAAUCCCUAGAUCUAAUACCAGAAAUAGCUGAAACUGUUGACAACAAUUUUUUAUACAAAAAACAAACGCAAAAUGUUUUUUACUGAAUAGAAUAGUUGUAGAUUUUCAUGUUUUAUUUUGGAAAAAUGUGGAGUCUGGCUCUGGUACCUCGGGAAAAAAAAAAAUGGUUCAUUACGUUAGUGUACAGGUGUGAGAUGAAACUUAUUUAAUUUAUUGUGUUGAGCCUCAAAGUGAGAACAAAUAUUUGCAGAGGAAUGGGGAUAACUUAACCCCUGCAGUCAUCAAUUACCGCAGAGAAUACAUUUUAUUCCUAAUCAAAAGAUAAAUCCUGCCAUACCGUAUCUUCCAAGACAAACUAUGAUAUAAUUAAUUGUACGAAUAGUUUAAUAUUUAUGUACCUUUAAAUGUAUAAGUUAAAUUAUUACUCCCAAUUCCCCAAUUGUUUAUUUCCAACAAUUACUUCACCCGCGAAGAAUUGUGUGGGCAGUGGAAAAGAAACUCGUCUUGUCACAUAAAUCGUCGAUAAUCCACGAAUUUCUCUUUAUUACUGUUAUCACCAGUUUUUCAUCCCCAAAGACUUGACUUUUCCACUUCCAACACACAACAUACAUUACACUAAUUUAGUAUUGCCGCUGAGUAUUAUAACUAGUCACAUAAGCCAAAAGUUUGUUACUGUCACAGAAGAAUUUUUUUUUUUUGUUUUUUUUUUCAGUUUUGUAAUAAAGAGAGAUGUGAA